AUGUUGUUUAAAGAGAGAGAGAUUGAAGAGGAGGAGAGAGAAGAGAAGAAGAGGACUGAUGCUGGUUCUCAGCAGAUGCUGCAGCUCUCUGGAGAAGAAACACCUUUCGUUCGUGAACUAUAACUGAAGAUCCAUCGUCUGGAAGAUCAUCCAGCUUCACGGAGUUUUGUUGAGAUGGCUAUAAUGGGAAUAUCUUGAGCAACUCCACGAUGGAUAACAGCACUGACAGAAACUCCAGCGCCGGUCAGACUCUGACCAUGAUGCCGGAGAACUCUCUGGAGGUCCAGGCGGUCACCAUCUCUCUGUCGCUGCUCAUCUGCGGCGUGGGAAUCGCGGGGAACGUCAUGGUGGUUCUGGUGGUGAUCCGAAGCAAACACAUGAUGACCGCGACCAACUGUUACCUGGUGAGUUUAGCCAUGGCUGAUCUGACCGUGCUGUUGGCCGCCGGUUUACCAAACAUCUCUGAGGUUGUGUCUUCGUGGAUCUACGGUUAUGCCGGCUGUGUUUGCAUCACGUACCUGCAGUAUCUGGGAAUCAAUGUCUCCUCCUGCUCCAUCACUGCCUUCACCAUCGAGCGCUACAUCGCCAUCUGCCACUCCAUCAAAGCCCAGUUCAUCUGCACCGCAUCGAGAGCCAAGAAGAUCAUCGCCUGCGUCUGGAUCUUCACAUCUCUGUACUGCAUCAUGUGGUUCUUCCUGGUGGACACCAAUGAGACGGUUUAUUCUGACGGCGUCGUGGUUCGCUGUGGCUAUCGGGUGUCCAGGAACCUCUAUAUGCCCAUCUACUUCCUGGACUUCACCCUGUUUUAUGUGGUUCCUCUCGUCGUGGCUUUGGUUCUUUACGGUCUGAUCGCCAGGAUCUUGUUUCGAGACCCGCUGCCAGCGAAUCUGUCCGAGCAGAAGCUCUCCGUCCAUCGGAGCCGUCGACACAGCUCUGUUAAAGUGUCCUGCAGAGCAAACGCAGCGUCUUCCAGAAAACAGGUCACAAAGAUGCUGGCGGUGGUGGUGGUUCUGUUCGCUCUCCUCUGGAUGCCGUAUCGGACUCUAGUGGUUGUGAAUUCCUUCAUGGAUCCGCCGUAUCUCAACACCUGGUUCCUGCUCUUCUGUCGCAUGUGCAUUUACACCAACAGCGCCGUCAACCCCAUCAUCUACAACGCCAUGUCGCAGAAGUUUCGUGCUGCUUUUAAGAGGCUCUGCGUCUGUAAACGCAGGUCAGAUCAGAGCCGAGCCAGCAAAAGCACUUUAAGUGUUUAUUACAGCGUCAUAAAAGACUUCUCCGGUGAGAGCAGUAUGAAGAAACACGGCAGUGUGAAAACAGACACGCUUAGCCCUGCUUGA